AUGAAAAUGUUUAGAUGUGUAGCACUAGUGUUGAUGGGAAUCGCCUGUAUUUACGGCCAAAAUGUGACUCCAAAACCAUCUUUUGUUGCCAUCGAUGCCAAUGACAGGGGUGUGAGAGAAGCGGCUCUCUUCGCCUUUGGACCCAAUAACCAGACGGAAAGGGAAAUUGUAAUUAGGAAAAGCAAAAUGUCAUCGGAUGGACACAAGUAUAAACUACAGGUCUAUGUACACAAAUACAGUGAAUGUCCGGCGAACUACAGCAAUACACAUUUGCGGACAGAGUACGGAUGCAGAGUAUAAUUAAAAGUGUCAGAUUUGCCUGAAUAUGAAAAUUUUGUUGCCAUCGAUGCCAAUGACAGGGGUGUGAGUGAAGCGGCGCUCUUCACGUUCGGAAUCCAUAAACGAAAAGAAACUGAAAUUGAGAUAACGGACAGUGAAGUGUCAAAGGAUGGAAAAACGUAUAAACUAACAGCUCAUAUCCACAAUCCAGUUGAAUGUCCGGCACCUGACCAGCCCAUUGCCGGCGUCAUCUCAUGGACAGACAACGGAUGCCGAGUCGACGAGAAAUGCUGA